AUGUAUUAGACAAGUUAGCUAAUUAACCGUCGACCCAACAUGAGAUAAUUAACUGGUAGGGCACGUGACAUCUAAGAUGAUGAUGACGAUGAUCCUGGCAUCUCUAGUUUUGCAAGAAGCAAAGUCGAUGAUGAUGAUGAAAAAUUCAAAAAUCAAAACAGUGAUCCUGAUUUUCUUGAUAGUCUAUUGAGAAAAAAGAGUAGAAAUGACUCCAAAGUAGAUAAAGUAAAUAUAUUUUAAUAAUAUCUAAGUCCAAUAAUAGUUCAAUUAUACCUAGUACACCACCUCCCUAAAGUACAAGUAAAAAGAGUGAUCAAGAAAUAUCAAAUACAGAUCCAAAGAAAGGAUAAACAUAAACACAAAAUAAUUCUGGAAAUAAGGAUACACCCUAAUAAUAAUAAUAAUAAAAGCAAUCAUAAUAAACUCCUGCAAAACCCAAUACUACUCAGCCAUUCUAAACUCCAGAUCCAAAAUAACAAUAACCUCAAUAAAAGACUCCUGCAUAAUAACCAUCAUAAACUAAAACACCUUAAGCAUAACCUCAACCAUCAUAGUAAUCAUAAACCCCACAAUAAACAAAGACUCCUUAAUAAACCAAAACCCCUCAAUAAUAACCCUCUUAAUCAUUAACUCCAGCUACAAAUAAGACAUAAUAGAAUCAAAAGUAAACUCCUGCUCCUGCACCAAAAGAAAUAGUAGAUCCUGCAAAAUCAAUUUCAAAUAAACCUUCAGCUAAAAAAGAAGAACAAAAGAAUUAAUAACCACUACCUUAACCAGAAUAACCAAGUAAGGUUCAACCACCUCCUAAAGUUGAAUAACCAACUAAAAUUGAAUAGCCUUCUAAAACUGAUUAAUCCAACAAGGGCAAUUAAAAACAACCACAAAAUCAAUAACCUUAAUAAAAUAGAAUUGAUUAAGAUAAUCAAUAAUAAGAAUAAGGACCAUAAAUUUCUGAAAAUAGACCAAAUUUUGUUAGGAGAGGAAAGAACACAUAGAAUGUUAAGGAUGUUGCUAAAAAUAUCAAAACAUUACCAGAGGAUAGAAUUAAAGCUUUAGAACCAAAAAACAAUAUUGAAGUGAGUAAAAAAUUAUCAUUGAAAUUUGCACCAUAAAAAGAAUAUACAGAUCCAACAUUUCCUCCUAAUGAUUUAUAAGUAUUUUAAGUAUUUGGCCAUGGUUAAGUUGAUUUUAAGAGGUUUAAUCUUGGAAGAGAAUAAGAUACUCAUUAAGUAGUUGAUCCAAAUGAUAUAGUACCUGGUUAAUAAUCAAGUACUCUAAUGUAAGUAUUGGCUGCUAUUGCUGAAUAACCAUAAUUAAUAACUAGAAUUUUGGAAGAUCAAGUUAUCAACGAAUUUGGAUUUUAUUAUGCUAGAUUAUGUAUAGGAGGUGUAUGGAAAUAUAUCUUAGUUGAUGAUUUGCUUGGUUAUUUUAAAGGAGAACCAAUUGGAGCAAGGACAACAAUUGAUAAUAAUAAAUUAAAGUAUUAAUCAUUAUUGAUUUAUUAGAUCAUUACAAAAAUCCAAUCCUGGGUAUUAAUCAGAAAUGUGGCCAUUCAUUAUUGAGAAAGCAUUUGCAAAAGAAUAUGGAAGUUAUGAAGAUGCAUUUAAAAUUGCUACAGUAGCUGAUUUUCUUUAAGAAACAACAGGAGCACCUACUACUGUUGAAUAAAUAAGUGAAAAUGUUUUGAAAUCUUUGACAUAGAAUGAUGUUGCUCUAAUACAUUUAGCUGAUGGAAUUUUCACAUACUUAAGUUAAGAUGGUAAAGAUGUAACUCUACGUAAUCCUUGGGGUUGGGUCAAGAAUUAACCAAGUACUGCUUAACCAGAAGGGGAAUUCAAAGUUCCCAUAAAAAACAUUAUAGGUAAAUAAAUCACAAUUGCUAAAUGUGUUCCUAAUAAUUACCAUAUCAGUUAUAAUUUGAAAGCAAACAAUGAUGCUUAUUCAUCAUUUUAUGUGGAUGUACGUUAAGAUACUGUUGCCACCUUUAGAUUACAUUAAAGAGAUGAAAGAUAUUUUAGAAAUAAUAUAUCUAAAAAAUAUGAUUAUUGUUUUGCAAGAUUAUUAGUAUUUGAUGAAUAAUAAUAAUUAAUUGCUGAGGAUUUUGGGCAAUUUAAAACAUUAAAUGUUAAUGUUAAUUUAUAAAAGGGUAAAUAUACUAUUGUAAUCCUUUUGGAUUUCUUAAAUGAAUAAUUAUAUGAUAGCACAUUGACUUUCUAUGGAAAUUAAUCAGUUGAUAUUAGUAGAAUUAAUUAUAGAUAGUAACCUAAUUUAUUGGCUUAAUUAUAUACUUAAGUAGCAAUUAGCAAGGGUUAAAAAAAAUAAAAUGGAUAAAUUGAUGAAUUUACUUAUGUUUCUGAUAACAAAUUAACUAUUUUAGCUUGGAAGUAUAAUGGAACUCAACCUAAUAAGUGGAGCAAAGAUUUAAGCAAAUAGCCUAAUAGAAAUAAUAUGAAACCUAUUACAUUUGUUAAUGUAGCAGACACAUAAUAAUUAAAAGUACUCACAACUGAGUAGAUUAAACAGUUGAAACUGAGUAGCUGGUAGAAUGCAUCAUCAUUCAAUAUUGAAUUCACUUAAUAAAACAACACUUAUGCAGUUGUAUUCAAGUGAUUAAUUAUUAGAAUAUAUAAAUAUUAAUAUAAUGAAUCAAUAAUAAUUGGAUAAUAUUGUACAUAAGUAACCAGGAUUAGAUUCCUUCCUUUAAACAUUAUGGUAAUCACAUCUAUUUGGAACAAAAGUUAUCUUAACCUUUUCAAUAAUUCUUGGAUUAAUUGAUUUAGUUACUCAUUUUGCUUUUGACAUCUUCAGUAAUUCCCCUAGUUUAACAUUACCUUUUUAAAUCUAAAGAUUAUUUUUUGCAAACUUUGUUCAUUGUAUAUAUACAAAUUAAAAAUUUCUAUAGAUUACAGUAUUGAUUUGAUAUUAGCUAUAAUAUGCAUUCAUAAUAAAUUAAAAGACUUUGAAAUAAAACAUGGCACAGUAACAUUCCUUAUCAUAAUUAUUAUUCUAGGUAUUAUCACUUAAGUAUACAAACAAAUAUUAUUUUAGUCAUUAUGCCUUAUUUUAUAAUUUAUAUUUUCUUACAUAUAUCCUCCAUUCUAUGAAACUGCAGCAUAUAGUCUAUGGAACUUUACUAUAUUCUUUAAAAUUCAAGAGUAUUAUCAAUUAUUUUAUCUCAAGAUGUCUUAUGAUACCUAAUGGAUAAAGUUAAUUCCUGAUUUUUCCGAUGUAACUAAAAAAUAAAUAUUACCCCAUUGUGUUUGUUAUUCUCUUUACAUUAAUUCAAUAAUCUUUGACAUUUAUUAGCGCAUCCAUAAUUGCCAUUAUUUACUUUUUAUUUUAAAAUAGAUUUUCCUUUUAAACAGCAGUAAGUAUCAUUUAUUAAUUAAGACUAUUGAAUAAUUAGAAAAGGGAAUGAUUUUUUAAUCUUUUAUAGAUAGAAUAGAUUUUAAAAGAAUUUCUAAUUAUUAAGAUUAAUUAGAGCCAAGUGUUGAUUCCAGAGAAUUACCAUAUCUUGAAACCCCUCCUGCUAGGUAAAAUUAAUAGAUUAUAUAUUUUUUAUAAUAGAUUAACUAUGGAUGGAAGUGCUCCAUUUCCACCAUCUCUUGUAUUAUAAGAAUUGUAGAAGUAAUUGAAUUUUUAAGAUAAUUAAAAUCAUGAACAAGUUUAAGAAGAUGAAGAAUAAAAAUAAAUUGAAUAAAAACAAUCAGAAAAAGAUUAAGAAUUCGAUUAAGAUCUUUGA